CAUAACUUCUAUCCCCACAAUGCCAGACUCAUAAAGAUCAUAAUUUAUUUUUAGGCUUUUAGAUUCUUGAUAGAUUUCAAAAUCUUCCCAUUGGUCCACUUGCUUCUUUUUUUGCACAUUUUUUUCCUUGUCUUUUCCCUAAUUUCUCUCCUCAAAUAAGUAGUAUAAAAGGAAGAGGAAAACAAAGCAAAAACAGAGAAAGAGUAAGAAACCCAUGUUAUGUUAUCUCAUUUUCUUUGUCUAGAAAUUUCCAAGCCCAUACUUUUUUUAAAAAGAUUUUACAUCACUUUAUCAAAGAUAAAUUCUUCAAUAUUUGAUUUGACUUAAACCAAAUCUUUUUCUUUGUUGGGUUUCUUUCAAAACAUUCCUUUUUAAACUAAAAAAAUUGAUAGUUGAUACCACAUAAUAUCUCUUUAGAAUUGAAGAAAUAGAGAGGUAAGAUUAGUAUAGAACAAAUCUUGUUCAAGUAAGGUCGUGCAGUGGUGCCAUUUAUAUCUGUUGAAUUAAAAAAAAAAAAAAAAAAGAAGAAAGAAAUGAAGAUUCAAUGUGAUGUGUGUGAGAAGCAAGAGGCAUCAGUUUUCUGUGCAGCAGAUGAAGCAGCACUUUGUGAAGGGUGUGAUUAUAGGGUGCACCAAGCCAAUAAACUUGCUACUAAACAUCUUCGUUUCUCUCUCCUUCAUCCUUGUUUCAAAGAAGCUCCUCUUUGCGAUAUUUGCCAAAUGUUGUUAAUUGGAUUUUACAUGCAGGAGAGAAGGGCAUUCUUAUUCUGCAAAGAAGACAGAGCAAUAUUAUGCAGAGAAUGUGACAUACCAAUACAUAAAGCAAAUGAACACACCCAAUGUCAUAAUAGAUAUCUUUUAACUGGGGUUAAAAUCUCAGCUUCUUCAGCCACAUACCCUAUUACUUCUCCUAAAUCAUCUACUUCUUCGGGGCCGAAUUCCGAAUCACAUACUAAAUCAUCAGUUACUAUCAGCUCUAGUUAUGAUCAUGACAUGUUUAAUCAACAACAUUCUUACAAUACUAGUACUACAACCCCAUCAACAACAACGAUUUAUGAUCAAAUUAAUGAAGAGGGUAUUUCAGAGUACCUAAUGGAGACGUUACCUGGUUGGAAAGUCGAGGAUUUUCUUGACUCUUCUUCAGCUUCUCAUCAUUUCUAUUUCUGACAAGACAAAUACAAAUCAAUUGAACACAAACCAACAAGUUGAUGAAAGUAUGGGUGGAUUUGGUUCAGAAAAUCAAUCAGUGAUGUGGGAUCUUCAUCAUAAGGGACCACUUGUUCCUUCCCAUCUUCCUGUUAACUUCCUUGUUAGAUAAUUUUCACGUUUUAUGGGAGCCCAUGAUCGUUUUUUUUAAUGUUAAACUGUCAAAAAUGCGGCAAUUUUGGCUCUACAAGAAGAAAAACCAAAACAAAAAAACUUGUAUGAAAUUGUACAUUAUCUAAAUGUCUUAAUUAUUUAUGAUUCGUUAAGACUUUAUUUCA